AUGACGCUCGCCCAUACCUCCGCCGUCCUCUUCUCGGUUCUCCUCUUCCUCGCCUCUUCCUCCGCCGACCUGCGCCCCCGUACCCCCCAGCCCAGAUCAUACGACACCCACGGCUACUUCCACCUCGACCUCUCCCCUUCCUCCACCUACCGCGACGCCGCCCACGCCGCCGACCACCUCCGCCUGGAGCUCGUCGAGCCCAUCGGGGAGCUCGCGGGCCAGUGGCUCCUCCGCACGCCUGCGUCCUCCUUGAUCUCGCCCUCGUCGGAACAUGUACCAUGCCUCAUCCCCCGGGAUCCUGUUAGUCGGCGGUUCCGCAAUCUGCGCGCAACAGGGGGGUUCGACCGCUUCCGCUCCAUCAAACAACUUACGGUUCGGAAACGGUCAAAGAGGGUCUACGAGCCGGCGAAGCACGGGCGGAGGUCACCAUACCUCCAUUCGCGGGAGGAAGAGGGAGGUGACCUGUCGGAAUUGCAGUUCGCGCAGGACACAUUGAGCCUGCAGGACCCGCUCUUGCCGCAGCAAUGGCACCUCAUCAAUACCCAGAUGAGGGACUAUGAGCUGAACGUCACGGGACUGUGGGCGAGGGGGAUCACGGGCGAAGGCGUCAAAGUGUGCAUCAUUGAUGAUGGGCUGGAUAUGAAGUCGGAUGAUCUAGCGGGGAACUUUUACCCAGAAGGUUCAUACGACUUCAACGACCACACUGAGCUCCCCGAGCCCCGGCUCUCGGACGACCAGCACGGAACUCGGUGCGCCGGCGAGAUCGCUGCCAUCCCAAACGACGUCUGCGGUGUCGGCGUCAGCUACCGCGCAAAGAUCUCGGGCGUCCGGAUCCUCUCGGGUCCUAUCUCGGACGCGGACGAAGCGGCGGCUCUCAACUACGCAUACCAGUUGAACGACAUCUACUCUUGUUCAUGGGGACCGCCGGACGACGGGCAGUCUAUGGAGGCGCCGGACGGGUUGAUAUUGAAGGCGAUGGUGAAUGGGAUCCAGAAGGGCCGAGGGGGGAAGGGGAGCAUCUUUGUUUUUGCGGCAGGGAAUGGAGGCGGGUCGGACGAUCAGUGCAACUUUGACGGGUAUACCAAUAGUAUCUUCUCGAUCACGAUUGGGGCGAUUGAUAGGAGGGGGUUACAUCCGUAUUACUCGGAGAUGUGCAGUGCGAUGAUGAUGGUCGCGCCGAGCUCGGGGAGUGGGGAUCAUAUUCAUACCACCGAUGUCGGCAAGAACAGCUGUGCGCAUACACACGGCGGUACGAGUGCGGCUGCACCACUCGGAGCUGGGGUUUUUGCGCUCGCCCUACAAGCCAGGCCUGAUCUGACAUGGCGAGACCUCCAGCACAUCGCUGUCCAGAGCGCGGUCUUCUUCAACCCCGAGGACCCAGAUUGGCAGAAGACCGCCGCGGGCCGGAAUUACAGCUACAAAUAUGGAUACGGUCGGAUCGAUGCUGGCCGCUUCGUCGAGCACGCCGAGUCAUUCAAACUCGUCAAGCCUCAAUCCUGGUUCGACUCCCCCGCCAUCUACCUCCCCACUACCAAGAACCCUUCUCGUCCCUCCCCUCGCCGCCUCUCCCGACGCCAAGAAGCCGCCAACGGCGAUGGCGCCUUCUCCGACCCAGCACCAGCCGAGGGCGAACCCCCAACCCCUUCCGAACCGGCUCCACCCCCCGCCGAGGCCGAAGGCAGCUUCAUCCCCGCCGAAGGCGUCUCGUCUACCUAUACCGUCACCGAGAAGAUGCUUUCCGAGGCCAACUUUGAGGCGCUCGAGCACAUUACUGUCCGCGUGUGGGUCACGCACGCGCGGAGGGGGGAUGUAGAGGUGGAGCUGAAGAGUCCGAAGGGGAUUGUCAGUGUUUUGGCGAGGGCGAGACGGUUCGACGUGGAUCCGAAUGGGCUCUGGGGGUGGAAGUUUAUGAGUCUCAAGCAUUGGGAAGAAAACCCAGUGGGCGAAUGGACCCUUACCGUCAAAGACCAGUCCAAUCCCGAAUCGACCGGCAAAUUCGUCGCUUGGUCACUUCAGCUCUGGGGCGAGUGUGUCGAUCCCGCCCUCGCUCGAGAUUGGGCCCCACCAGAGGAUGGGCAGCCGGACGAAGAGCAAGUCGGGACGGGCGCGACGCCUGUCGUGUCUCAAAAACCUAAACCGACGGAACAUCUACCGGACGACCACGGGGAGGCGCCGGGCGAGUCGCACGAGCCCGGUCUAGGCCAGGGGUCGGGGACCGGGUCAGGCAUAGGGGAUGAGGCGGGACAGGAGGACGGUGCGCCCGAUCCCGUCCCCACCGGGGGAGAUGACGGGAAAGAGGGAGAAUCAGCACUGGACGAAGGAUGGUUCAGCGGCGUAUCGAACCUCGGAACCAACACGUCCUGGCUCGCCGGAGCGGGCGGGAUCGUCCUCGUUUCCGGCGCGGCAAUAGGCGGGUUCUUCAUCCUCCGCCAGCGCAAGAAGAGGGGCAUGGGCUUCGGGCUCGGACUUGCUAAUUCGGGCGAAGGGGCUCGGGGGGCGUACAGCCGCGUGACGGAUGAUAUGCCCAUGGGUCUCUUGGAGCGGGGGAGGCGGAAGUUUGGGGUUGGCAGCGGAGCAGGGGGAGGUGGGGGAGGGGGGACGAAAGAUUUGUAUGACGCGUUUGGGGAUGGGCCGUCUGAUGAUGAUGAGGAUGACGAGGGGAGUGAAGGGGAUGGGGUGGGAUUGAGGUACCAUGAUUCCUUUUUGGAUGAUGAGGACGCGGUUUCGCCUGGACCGAGAGGAUCGGGGAGAGGGAGUGCGGAAGGGAGUGGAGCGAGUGGAAGUGGACCGCCAGAGUAUGAUGAGCCGAGGAGAGAGCAUGGAGGGGAUAGAGCGAGCGGGAGUUCGGGGAGCUGGCAGGAUGCCGCGGAGGUGGAGGAGGCUGCAGCGGGGCGGUGA